UGAAAAAGUGGAUACUUAUCUUUUUAUUUUACUUUACAAAUAUCAUUGCACAACAGGAACAACAAAGGGUGAUCAACUCUUUUGAUAUUUCAAUACAACAAGAAAAAGCAAAUGAACUUACUGAGACAAUAAUUGAAACGGAUUCUAUUGCAACUUCAUGCAGUAGUUGUAUAUCACUUUUACAAAUAUUAAAAAAGAUGUCUUUAUUCUCGGAAGCAUUUUUAAUCUCAACUUUAACAAAAAUGUGUAAACGAACAAAUAAAGUAGAUGAUGAUGUCUGUGAAGGGGUCAUCAGAGAACAAGCACCCAUUAUCCGAAAAGUAAUUCCGACUAUGGAUAUAUCCGGAAGAGAUGGACAUCUUGCAUGUGCUGCUAUCCUCAACUCUUGUCCUUAUCCAGAGGUUGAACAAUGGAAUAUCACAUUUCCAAAACCUAAACCUGAGCUUAAGCAGGAACCAAUAAAAUCAAAUGGUCAGACAUUUACUGUCCUGCAGCUCAGCGAUUGGCAUAUCGACCUUGAUUACCAAACUGGAGCAGAAGCCAAGUGCACUAAGCCUAUUUGCUGUAGGCCUGCAUACACUGAUUAUACCAAUAUCACAAAACGAGCCUCCAUGUGGGGCGAAUACGGCUGCGACACCCCACUGAGCUUGAUUGAAUCCAUGUUGCGUUUCAUUCCUACAGCAGAGCCUGAUAUCAAGUUUGGCAUUCUAACGGGUGAUAUCCCUCCUCACGAGGUUUGGUCUACCUUGCCAUUCAUCAAGACUAAGCUCAUCCAAGAUGAAACGUACCGUAUACUUCAUGACUACUUUGACUCCCCAUUAUUAGUCAACUCUAUGCUCUACCCUGCCGUGGGUAACCAUGAAUCAGCGCCCACUAAUAACUUCCCCUUGAGACACUCAACCAUACCUUUUGAAAAGAAGUUUCUCGACUUGAAGUGGCUCUAUAGAGCAUUAUCAAAGAACUGGCAAGGCUGGUUAUCCCCCUUGUCUCAUCCUUCUGUUGAGGAAAACACUGGAAGCUACUCAGCACGACCCAUCCGUGGCUUAAAGCUAAUUAGCUUAAACACAAACUUUUGCUACACUCUCAACUGGUGGCUCUAUCAACAACCAGUGGACAAGGACCCCAAUGGCAUCUUUGCUUGGCUAAUCAAUGAGCUUCAGGAUGCAGAGGACAAUGGUGAACGUGUAUGGAUCAUUGGUCAUAUUGCGCCUGGCGACAACACAUGUUUCCAUGACUACUCAAAUUACUACUCUCAAAUCAUUGAGAGAUACUCUCAUAUCAUUUCUGCUCAGUUCUUUGGUCACACUCAUAAAGAUGAGCUGUCAAUAUUCUAUAAAAAUGGAAAGGAGAAAACUGCAGAGAAUGCUAUCUCUGUUGGAUACAUUGGUCCUUCCAUUACACCUUUCUUAAACCUUAACCCAGGUUUCAGAGUAUACAAGGUGGAUACAAAGACUUUUGAAAUUAUUGAUUCUAUUACGUAUUCAGCUGAUCUAUACAAAGCUACUGAUUUGAAUAAUCAACCUAAUUGGCAUGUGGAAUACUCUGCAAGAGAGGCCUACAGCUCAAGCCGUGCUCGACUCGCAUCCUCUAUUUCUCCAUUGACGCCAGCUUGGUGGCAUAAUGUCACAGUAGAUAUGGAAGACGAUGAUACAGACACGUUUGAAAAAUAUCGUCGUUUUACCACCAAAUCAUCUCCUAUAGCACGAGAAUGUGACGAUGAGUGCAAGAGAAAGACUAUUUGUAACAUUCGUGCUGGUAACUCUGAACAUCGAUGUGAUUAUGAUUCUGAUGUGUUUGAACCUGAACAAAAGAGACAAAAGACUGAAAUGCAUCUCUGUGGUCUGAAUAUAUUUUCUCAAUAAAGCCUAUUCUAUUCACUCCUGAAUAUCUAUCAAAAGUAUAAACUCAGCAAGUGGCUUUUU